GUGGGGUCGGUGUGGGAUACAUAAUCACGAGUAGAUACUUUGUCUUGAGCUGUUGCUGUAAGAUUCAGUGUACAUGAGGCAACUGUUGCCAAGGGUCUCAUUACCCAAGUAACCAGUGAUUGUUUACAUUCGUCUAGUGGGUUUGCUUACUUGCACUGUGCUAAACUGCAGAGAGUGUAUAUAACCUUAUCCUCUGUCAAGUUUGUCCUCCCUCUGUGAGUCUGCUGUUUGUCUGGGCCCUGCAGUUGGACUACAAGGUUGAGCACACGUGGUGGAAGAAGAACAGGCUGGAUAGGUUUCCAUGCAGUCUGGCUGUCUGUGUGUGUGUGUGUGACACUGGAGUUGCAGAUCUACAUCGCCUUCCAUGCUGGCUCAUCUUGAACUGUCAUGUCAUCUGAGUGCUGGAGCCCUGCAGUGAGGACCAGGUAAAAGAGACCAGACAGGAGAAGCAGCGAGGUGAAGUAGCAGAGGAGGAAGUGGAAGCUUCCUGUGUGAACAUCGAGCCCACAGGAAGUCUGAAGGAGGAGGAGUUGCAAGGAGAGCAGCUGUGGCCACCUGAUCAGAGGAGCAUUUAGGAAGUGACAUCACAAGGUGAACUGGAGCAGGUCCAGAAGGAGAAGACACAGACUCACUAAGAGAGAAAGAGGCUUUCCCAUAUGACUGACCAGGAAAGCCAAGAGGAAAGAACAGACAGGGACAGGGAGCGGCAGGCAGAGGAGCCCCAGGGGCCCGGCCCCUUCUACUUUUUUGGCGGAGCCAAUGGCGCUGAAAUAGUGAGCAGUUACUGUGAGAGCAGAGGUUGGAAGAGGAUUUACAACAAGCACAGAGAAGAUUUCAAACUCAAAUGGUGUGAGACCAAAACUCCAGCCAACUACUGCAACUUCAGAGAAGGUAAACAGCUGGUGUACCAGAUUCCCAACAAUAGUGUACUCACAACUAAGAUCGGCCUCCUCAGCAGUCUGCGGGAGUACGAGCGAGUCAGCAGCAAAGUCGGUCAUGGUCACGGACUGAGGAGGCUGAAAAUGGAGGAGUUCAUUCCCAUUACCUUCCGCAUGGAUGUGAGAGAAGAGAGGGAGGCAUUCUUUGCCCAGCACAAAGGUGUGAGCAACAGUGAGAAUCAUAUGUGGAUCUGUAAGCCCACGGGUCUCAAUCAGGGCAGAGGGAUAUUUCUGCUGAAGAGCCAGGAGGACGUAGCCAACCUCAGACGGGAGCUGCAGCACGUUGAGGGCAGCCAGGCCACCAGGAAGACUCAACACCGCCAGCUUCAGGCUCGCAUUGUCCAACAUUACAUCCAGAGUCCACUCCUCCUGAAUGGGAAGAAGUUUGACGUGCGCUCUUACCUUCUGGUUGCCUGCACUGCACCUUACAUGGUCUUCUUUCGCCACGGAUAUGUACGUCUGACCUGUGACCUCUAUGACCCCAGCUCCAACAACCUCUCCACCCACCUGACCAAUCAGUGCAUACAGAAGAAGAACCCUCUGUACAGCGAGAUGAAGGAGGACACUGUGUGGUCCAUGGAGAGCUUCAACGCCUACGUCAAUGACAGGUUUCAAGUUGCCAAAGGUCUGCCGAGGGACUGGGUGCUGGGCACCUUUGCAAAGCGCAUGCAGCAGAUCAUGACGCAGUGUUUCUUUGCAGUCAAAUCCAAGUUGGACCGCCGACUGGGCUUCUUUGACUUGAUUGGCUGUGACUUCAUGGUUGACGAGAACUUCAAGGUGUGGCUGCUGGAGAUGAACUGUAAUCCAGCUCUCCAUACGAACUGUGAGGUACUGAAGGAGGUGAUACCCAGCACUGUUGCAGAGACUCUGGAUAUAACUCUGGAGAUCUUCAACAAGUGUCGUCUCAGGCGGAGGAUCCUUCCUUUGGCCAGUCAGAGGGAGUUUGUGCUGCUCUAUAAUGGCGUUUUUCCUUCCACAUCAGCGCUGGUCCACAGCCAGAGCAGCACAGACGGUGAAUUCCACCAAAAAACAACCAAAAAGUCUGAAUCCAGAUGGUGUAAGUCAGAAACAAAGUGUAAAAAUGUGCCCUCAGCAUCCCCUCAUAGUUCUGUGAAUCUGUCAGUGAAUGGUAAAGAAAGGGGAGCUUCAGAGUCUGGCCACUGUCCCACCACCUCCACUAUCAGCAUGCCUCUCUAUCAAAACCCUUCACACUUACACAGCAGCAGCAGCAACAGCAGCUUACAGGCUGUCAGGAGGAAGAACUGCAGGCCUCAGGUUAAAUUCAGGUUGAGCAAAUGCACUUCGCAUCACCACAAGACUCGACGGGAGACGAGGAUCACCAUGUCGCUGUCAUCAUCGGCACCAAGCAAGAGCCUCUCUGUCUGCGGCUCUCCAGGGAUGGCACCACUCCCUCCUCAAACCGGACAUCCUGUGUGUGUGGGUGCACGUGAAAAGAAGACGAGAGGAAAAUCAAAGAAAAAAAAGCUCAGAGUGGAUACAAAGACUCGUCCAAGAAAAGAGGGGAAGUGAGAUGCCUUUAUGAAAACAGCUGGGAUCUAAAGAAGCUGCCUAAAAUUAUCUACACAUUGGACAAUGGUGGUGUUUAAUUUUCAGAAAGUGCUAAGAAAUGUUUAAUGUGA